AUGGACCUUUCUCUGGACAAGUUGGAUGCUGCUGGAUUUCUGCAGAUUUGGCAACACUUUGAUGCAGAUGAUAAUGGUUAUAUUGAAGGAAAGGAGCUGGACGCCUUUUUUCGACACAUGCUGACCAAACUGAGACCACAGGAUAAGAUAACAGAGGAGAAAGUGCAGCAGCUGAAGACCAGGUUCAUGUCAGCAUAUGAUGUCACAGCUGACGGGCGGCUGCAGAUCGAGGAGCUGGCCAAUAUGAUCCUGGCGGAGGAUGAGAACUUCCUGUUGAUAUUCCGUCGUGAGGCUCCUCUGGACAACAGUGUGGAUUUCAUGAAGAUCUGGAGGAAGUACGAUGCUGAUUGCAGUGGUUAUAUAUCUCCAGCUGAGCUGAAGAAUUUCCUGAAGGACCUCUUUCGACAGCACAAGAAAGACGUGCCCUCCAGCAAGCUGGACGAAUACACAGACGCUAUGAUGAAAAUAUUUGACAAGAAUGAGGAUGGCCGCUUGGAUCUGAACGAUUUAGCAAGAAUUCUGUCUUUGCAGGAGAACUUCCUGCUGCAGUUCAAGCUAGAUGCAAACACUCUAAAGGAGAGAAAGCAAGACUUUGAAAAAAUCUUCAACCAUUACGAUGUCAAUAAAACAGGUGAUCUAGAGGGACCGGAGGUGGACGGAUUUGUUAAAGACAUGAUGGAGCUGGUCAGGCCGAGUAUUACGGGGCCAGAGCUGGAUCAGUUGCGAGCCGUGUUGCUGCGCCACUGUGACGUCAACAAAGAUGGAAAGAUCCAAAAGAACGAGCUGGCUCUCUGUCUAGGAGUGAAGCUCAAACAGUAAUCUGUU